UCUUGAAUGAUACAGCGCUUCUGGUGUUUUGAAAACCAUGCAUAGAAGUUUAAAGUCUUUCUUACCGAUUGUAGUCCUCAUGUGGACAAUAGUUGGUGUGGAGCCCACAGAUUAUGUACAUCAUAUUCAAGUCGCCAUGGACGGCCACGAUAACACCUCAUGUCUUACAAACAGCUCAUUUCCGUGUGAAACUCUUGGCUUCGUCUUGGAAAACUUAAAUAACUCCACCAACGUUUCUAUCAGGAACGGAAAUUACACCUUGAACAGGAACUACAACACCUCGAGUUUGGACAAUGUGGCUUUUGUAGGCCUGAGUGAGUCUGUGAAAAUUGAAUGUUCAAAGGGGGUUGGCCUGCAGUUUCGCUUUUGUAAUAACUUUGUCUUCCAGCAGUUGUUGUUUGAAGGUUGUGGCCGAUUAGAGUAUUCAUCGCCGUUCCAUCCUUAUGACACUGAGCACAUUUACCAGUUCUAUUCAGGAAUUUCUUUUAYGUACUGCAAAGAUUUGGCUGUGGAAAACUGUACCUUUACAAAGAGUGCUGGUAUUAGUCUGGUCCUUUAUGAUGUGGGCGGAAGUGUGAGCAUCAUUGACACUCACUUUGUCAAUAAUACAGCAAAGGGACAAUCAAGCAGCUUAGCCGUUCAUGAAACAGCAGGUGGAAUCUUAUUACAUUUGACRCAGUUUGGCUCUUUGUAUCCAUUCAAUGACACCAAACAUUACAUGUAUUCUGAUGGCAAUAACUAUACCUUUAAAGGGUGUAUCUUUACUCGAAAUAAAUAUAUAUAUGAGGAACACAGCCAAUCUCAAGAAACCCCACAACCUUUCGGACAUGGUGCAGGGCUGACAGCCUUCUUUUGUGGUUCAGCUAAGAAGAACUCCCUUUUGGUUGACUCUUGUCACUUCUACAACAACACUGGAAUUUGGGGUGGAGGAAUAUUUACCGAAUUUCAGAAUAAAGCUGAAGGAAAUGCUUUAAAGAUUGUUGAUAGUGAAUUUAUAGGAAAUCUUGCAAAGCAUGGCGGUGGAGCAGUGAGGACGGGUAAUGACAUCGAAAAAUAUGAAUGUCAACAAAUGGGAAAUACAGUUGAACAUAUAAGAAAUAUAUUUCAGGACAAUUCUGCUGAUAUGGGUGGGGCGGUGUCUCAUUAUGGUCGAACAUAUCUACAUAACAUCUCUGGGGAAUACAAAAACUGGAUUCAUUUUACAAACUGCUCUUUUUAUCAUAAUAUUGCAACUAUGGGCACAGCUAUUUCAGUUGCUUUAAACAACAAGAAUAACUGGAUUGAGAUGGGUCCUGAGAUUCCUUAUUGUGUGGUGAUAAUCAACUGCACAAUAGCACACAAUGAAGUGAAUUACACAAAGGUUGAUCAAGGUCGCAUAAAUGGAAUGGGAGUAGUUUAUAGCUCCAAAGUGCCAAUGAUCUUAAGAGGGGAGAAUACAUUUCAAGAUAAUCUCUAUACAGCCUUGCUUUUGGAUAACGCCCCUUUGAAGGUCUUUGACAUAACAUCAUUCACAAGAAAUAAGGGCAACAAAGGUGGUGCUUUGGCUUUGUAUGGAGUGAGUAGAAUGAUCAUGACUAAAGGCUCAAAAAUGAACUUUACAAGAAACCAUGCUAGUGAAAAUGGUGGAGCAAUAUAUAUAGAGGCUCCAGGACCAGAAGUGGGUCCCCAGACAAGGGAACUUCGACGGCAUGAGUGUUCCAUUGGCUAUGAAAAUGAAGAGGGAAAUUUGGUAAAUUUAGACAAUGUUCAUGAAUGGGACACCAAUAUUGAUUUCACAGCAAACUGUGCUCUGCCAUCAUGGGGUGGUAAUUCUAUUUAUGCCACCACACUACAGUCUUGCUUCUUGGUUAAUGAGAGCAUUGGAAACAAUUCAGCCUUUGCUUGGGAAAACAUAACCACAUUCAGUGGCCCACUAAACGAGGAAAUUUCAACAGAUCCAGUAKACAUUGCAGUCUAUCCAUCUGAUUGGUUUGUUGCUCCAGGGGAAGUAUUUAACCCAAGAGUGCAGCUGUUGGAUGAGAGGAACAGUCCAGUUUAUGGAGUUAURAAAAUAAACAUACAAAAAAACGGCAGUGUUCUUGAUUCCCUUCAUCUGAUCCAGUUCAUCAAGAAUCCAGAAAACCACACAAGCUCUAGUUUCAUAAAAGAUGUUAAAUUGCAAGGGAAAGAGAAUAGUGCAUUUAUUGUUACAAUCAGUAGUGUUGGAGGAAAAGCAAUUUCAAGAUUAUUUACACAGAAAUUUAAAAAAUGUUAUGAUGGAUUUGAGCAGACGUCUGGCAAAGAUAUCUGUUCAUGUAUGUCAGGCAAGGUGAAUAUGCAAGAGGGAGUAUAUAACUGUAAUAGUGAUGGUAAACAUGUUAACUUAAUAGCAGGCUAUUGGGGUGGUCAGGUUAAAGGAAAAUUUGUCACUUACCCAUGCCCACGACACUACUGUAAUUUUAGUGAUAGUAAGUAUGUUUACUCAUAUGAUAAUUCUACGAUCUGUGCAGAUAACAGAAUCAAUACUCUGUGUGGGGAAUGUAAACCAAAUUUCACAGUUUCCUUGGGAGGAGAAAAAUGUGUACAAACUUCAAGCUGCAGGGAAAAAUUUAAGAUAUCAUGGGGGAUUCCAAUAUUCAUAGUAGUCACACCAAUAGGAGUUUUAAUACUUUUGCGUAUAAAUGUAGAUAUCUUUACCUCCUACUUAAAUUCUUGGCUGUACUUCUAUCAGGUUUUACCUUUCGUUUUGAAGCCAGAAACAGUUAUGCAUCUAGACAAGGGGAUGAAAGGGAUUUUGGAUCUGGUAUCUUGGAGGCUGCCAGGAGUUAAGUUGUCAUGUUUUGUGAAAAGGUUAGAUAAUAUUGGUAAAUUGGGCCUUAACUACUUUUUGCCWUUAUACAUGUUGGCUAUACUAAUUGUAAUUACAUUAGUAGCAAGAUGUUCAUGCAACUGCUAUCAACGAACUAAUGUUUUCCGUGCCAUCUCAUCCAUACUUGUUCUUUGCUACACCAAUCUGACUUUAAUUUCAUUCAAUGCUGUCCGCUGGGUAAAAUUGCAGAAAGAUUUUUCAGUGCUUUACAUUCAGGGUUCUAUAACAGAUGAAAAAAUUCCUGUUGGUUACUAUUUCCUGGUUGUUUUUGCUGUCAUUGUCAUCCUUUGUUUUGUUGUAGUCUUUCCAUUAUUGCUACUUUUUAGACCAUUCUUCAUCAAGAAUUGUCGAUUCAUGACCUAUUUUACUCCUCUUUACAACAUCUUUCAGCAUUGUUUCCAAGACCAUCUUGGUUGCUUUUUUUCAGCUUAUUAUUUCAUUUGCCGGAUAGCUUUGCUUGUGCUCACGGCUGCUCUGGCAACACCAGGUCCCUAUCAAAGGUGCUUUACUGAAAUUCUUGUCUUCCUGACUCUUGUAAUCUUCGUCUAUAUGCAGCCAUACAGAAAUGAUUCUCAUCUGAGAUGGCUGAACACUGUUGAUACUAUUAUCUUGUCAUUUCUAUGCAUCAUGGCUUUCAUGAGCUCAGCUCAAAAUACAGAGGCAGCCCACAAAACAAUCRUGGGUAUGCAAAUAUUCAUUGAAAUAUUAGCUUGGUUGCCAAUGCUUUAUCUUCUUGGGCUGAUAAUAAUAGCCAUCAGAUAUUACAGUAAAAGUGGUCGCACCCCAAGAGAUGGGUAUCAGGACCUGGAUGAUCCAACUUCUACAUCAGGGACAUAAUYUAAUCAUACUACUUUAGAACUCUUUAGCUUGGGUAUACUGUUUCCAAAUUUCAAACCAGUUGUCAUUCUCUUGAGAAUAAAUACUUUGUUUUAUUUGAGUCUUAUCCACAUCCAYGUGUCUUCUAAUGUGCAAAUUAUGUAGAACUUAUGAUGACCUGGCCUAAAAUUAGAAAAACAUGCUGAAGGUAAAGAGUUAACCAGCCAGUCUUUGGACUCACUUCAUGUGUGGUAGGGCCCACCAGCAUUUUGCAUUUUUAAAGCCCCUGUUUCUUGCUAUUGUACUUGUAGUCUCAUACAAAUAUAACAACAACAAAAUUUUGUUAAAAAAUUAUUCAUCAAAAAACAACAACAACAACAACAA